GGCCAUCUACUCCAAAUUUCCCUCUAUAAAAACACUCAACCAAAACACAUUUCUUCUCAUCCACUACUUCCUCAUAAACCUCAUAAUUACUAUUCUAAUUUUCAUAAAUCAUUAAGAAUGGAAAUGGUUAACAAGAUUGCAUGCUUUGUGCUUUUAUGCAUGGUAGUGGUUGCACCCCAUGCAGAGGCUUUAACUUGUGGUCAAGUUACAUCUACCUUGGCUCCUUGUCUCCCUUAUCUAAUGAACCGCGGUCCUCUCAGAAACUGUUGUGAUGGUGUUAAGGGUCUUUUGGGUCAAGCCAAGACUACAGUAGACCGACAGGCCGCAUGCACUUGCCUAAAAUCAGCUGCUUCUUCUUUUACAGGACUCAAUUUGGGCAAAGCUGCUGCUCUCCCUAACACUUGUAGUGUCAACAUCCCUUACAAGAUCAGCCCCUCUACUGACUGCUCUAAAGUUCAGUAAAGCUGAUCAUCAGAAUUUGGUUUCAUGAGGAGAAUUAAGAAUAAGAUAGAUAGCAUUGAUCUUGCUUAUGGAUCCUUUCUUUCUAUGUUGUAUCAGUUGUCACUUUCUCUUUUUUCUGUGUUUCGUUUAAAAUCGUAUGUACUCGAGUCUUGUUUCGAAAUUUGACGAUUGAUUAUAUUAUAUCAGUUGUUACUUUCUGUUUUCCUGUGUUUCUUUUAAAAUCGUGUGUAGUCGAGUCUUGUAUCGAAAUUUCACGAUUGGCUAUGUUGUAUUAAUCUAAUCUUUGAUAAUACACAUCUAUCUUAUUUGGUAUAU